UUGUGCGAUGUGCGCUACGAACACGGUUAACGCGAAAAACAAAAGCAGAUCAAAACGAAACGAAACGCAGGCAGAAAGAAAGACGGCGAGGGCAACAAAAUCAAAGAAGCACAUACGAAUGUGACAGUCGACGAAAUUUGAAUAGCUGUUUGAUUGAACAGCUUGAACUGCACGGGAUAUAUAUUCCAAUUAUUAGAAUACAGCCAAUUCGAUGCACCAUGAGCGCCAACAACAGCGAGGCAACAGCAACAACAACAACAACAACCACAGCAGAAGCAGCGUCGACAAGCAGCGCAAUCGCCGCCAGCAGCGAGACGGAUGCCGAAACAUUGGAUGCUGCCGCCACCUUUGGCGAUGUGAUGGAGGUGGACGUGGUGGAUGGAGAGAUGGAGAUGGAUGCCGUGACGGAGGGUGAGAUGGAGGUAGAGGAGGCCGAGGAGCGGGCCGAGCUGAUGCAGUUCAUCGGCGAGCUGCAGGAGAAGAUCGAUAGCAAACGUCAGCUGCGACAACAGAAUGCCAACUUCGAGCUGCCCGGCGACAAAUAUUUUGCCCGUCUCGACUCGAAUCUGAAGAAGAAUACGGCAUUUGUGAAGAAACUGAAGCUGUUUACGGCCACGCAAUUGGACGGACUGCUGCGCGAAUUGUCCGCCUUGAAUCUGAGUAAAUAUAUUUCGGAAAUAUGCGCAGCGCUGGCCGAAGCGAAGCUGAAGAUGACAGAUGUGCCAGCUGUGGUCACAUUGGCAUCCAAGCUGCACUGCACCUACGCCGACUUUGAUGCCCAUUUCCUGGAAGCGUGGCAGAAGGCGUUGAAUGUGAAGGCCACCGAGAAGAUAAGCAAUCCGAGUAAAUUGCGCGUCGAUUUGCGUCUGUUUGCCGAACUGGUCAGCUCGGGUGUCAUUCAGAUGAAGCCGGGAUUGGCGCAGCUGGGUGUGGUGCUUGUGCAGCUAAUUGCCCAGGAUAAGGAUGAUCAUAGCAAUUUCUCAAUUAUAUUGUCCUUUUGUCGGCACUGUGGCGAGGAAUAUGCCGGCCUUGUGCCGCAGAGGAAGCAACAGUUGGCCGACAAAUAUAAUGUGGAGGUUCCCAAAUCGGAUUUCCUUGGCGCCGACAAGCAGCUCAAUUUGCGCACCAUGCUCAAGGGCUACUUCAAGGCGCUGUGCAAGCACGUCCUCUCCGAGCAGACGAUCCUCAUGAACAUGACGAAAAACAUACGCCGCACCAUGGAGUGCAAGGGCGAGAUUAGCCAAGAGAAGCGCGAGAAAUGUGAACUGAUGCAGGCGAGCUUCGAUAAGUUGCUGGCAUCGGCACAAUCGCUGUCGGAGCUGCUGGGGGAACCGUUGCCCGAAUUGACCAAGGAGUCUGAGUGCUGUAAUCCGGGCACCGUUAUCGACAACAUGCUGGACGGCGCCACCUUUGGCACCUUGGAUCCGUGGGGCGAUGAGGAGACGCGUGCCUUUUACACCGAUUUGCCCGAUUUGCGACAAUUUUUGCCCAACUUUUCGGCACCUAAAGUCGACCUGGAGACACUCGAGGAGCCCAGCGAACUAACCGAGGAGGCCAUCGAUGCCAACAUCGAUGCGGAGCUCGACAUGGACGACCCGCCAUCGGCUGCCAGCGAUACCCUCGACAAGGAGCAGGAAGAACAGCAGCCCUCGCUGGCGGCACAGUCCACAGUCCCAGCCACUGGCGAACCAUCUAUUCCACUUACAACCAAUGGUGCUGCUUCACCAGCUGCUGCUGCACCGGCUCCGGUUCCGGCUAGCGAUAAGAAAAUGGGCAACGCUCUCAUGGAGCUCGGCCGUCAGCAGCAGCAGCAGCAACAACAACAACAGCAGCAGCAGCAACAAACUCAAACGCAAUCGCAGACGCAGUCGCAGCCACAGUCACAGUCCCAAUCUCAGUCGCAGUCGCAGUCACAGUCACAGUCGCAACCACAGUCGCAAUCACAGGCGCAGCCGCAGCCGCAGCCACAGCAGUCACAGAUGCGACAGCAAUUUGAUGUGUUCCUGCUGAAUUUGUUCAACUGCGUCAACAAGGAGCUCAUCGACUCGGCGGCCAUUGAGUUUCUGCUCAAUUACAAUACAAAGAAUCAACGAAGGAAGCUAACCCGGACGAUAUUCAGUGUGCAGCGGACACGACUCGAUAUAUUGCCAUAUCUGUCGCGAUUUGUGGCGAUUGUGCACAUGUGCAACACGGAUGUUGCCGCCGAUCUGUCGGAGCUAUUGCGCAAGGAGUUCAAAUGGCACAUACGCAAGAAGAACCAGCUAAACAUUGAAUCUAAGCUGAAAAUUGUCCGCUUCAUUGGUGAGCUGGUCAAGUUCGGUCUGUUCAAGAAAUUUGAUGCACUCGGCUGCCUGAAAAUGCUGUUGCGCGACUUUAUCCAUCAUCACAUCGAGAUGGCAUGUGCCUUUGUGGAGGUCAGCGGCAUUUAUCUAUACAAUUGCCGCGAUUCGCGGCUGCUGAUGAAUGUGUUCCUCGACCAAAUGCUGCGCAUGAAGACUGCAACGGUGAUGGAUUCGCGACACGCGGCCCAAAUUGAGAGCGUCUACUAUUUGGUAAAGCCGCCCGAGUCCGCCAAGCGUGAGGUGACACCCCGUCCACCUUUGCAUGAAUAUAUCAGACAUCUGAUCUUUGAGAGACUGUGUAAACAGAAUGUGGAGCACUGCAUCAAGAUGCUGCGGCGCAUCAAUUGGCACGAUCCGGAGAUUAGCGGCUAUGCCAUCAAGUGCCUUAGCAAGGCGUAUCUGCUACGCUUUCCCCUCAUCCGCUGCCUCGCCGAUCUUGUCUCCGGCCUCAGCUCGUAUCAGCCGCGUGCAGUGACCAUUGUCAUUGAUAAUGUAUUUGAGGAUAUACGCGCCGGCUUGGAGAUACACUCGCCCAAAAUGUCACAGCGUCGCAUCGCAAUGGCCAAAUAUCUGGGCGAGAUGUAUAACUAUAAGCUUGUGGAAUCCACACAUAUACUCAAUACGCUAUACUCGAUAAUAUCGCUGGGUGUGACACUAGAUCAAGCAGUCAUCUCGCCCCUGGAUCCCCCAGAGAGCCUGUUCCGUCUUAAGCUUGCCUGCAUGCUGCUGGACACCUGCGGACCCUACUUCACCAGCCAGGCGACACGCAAAAAGCUGGACUACUUUCUGGUGUUCUUUCAGCAUUAUUAUUGGCACAAAAAAUCACAUCCUGUGUUUAGUAAAUCGGAGAAUACCUCGGAUCUGUUUCCCAUACUCGUCGAUCACACAUAUCGCGACUGUUUGGCCGCCGUGCGUCCCAAGCUGAAGCCCUACAAGAGUCUGGAGAUGGCCAAGGAGGCCAUUGAUAAUCUGCAGGAGCAAUUGUAUCCGCAGCUAAGGGCCAGCAGCACACAGGAUGCCAGCGAUCUGGCCACUAUUAGUGAAAUCAGCGAAUUGGAUGAUGGCGCAACAGAUGAUUCCGGUUCGUCGAACAAUCAUCGCGAACGUCAAGCAACUGAUGGCUCUGAGGUGGAUCAGUUGAACGAUUGGACUGAAUAUGAGGCGGAGUCAGCACUGCCACCGCCCCCGCCAGAGAAAUCCAAAGAGGAUGUCGAGUUCGAGCAAAUGUAUGAGAAAAUCACGAGUGACUCGUAUCAGGAGCGUCUCAAGGAGCCGCCAAUCAAGGCAAUCACGAAGGACAUACCCGUGCCCAUGACGGCACGCCUGCAAAAGAAAUCCUACGAUCAGCUAAUUGGCAGCAAUCCGCCACAGAUCUCAAAGCCUGCCGCACCCGCUGCCUCUGUCUCUGCUUCUGCUUCUGCUGUUGCCGUUGCCACUGCCUCUGCGUCCGCCUCCGCCUCACCCAGUAUCUCUGCCAAUGCCUCCUCGGAGGAUGCUGUAAACAGUUUACCAGCAGCAGCAACAGCAGCAUACACGGCAGUGACAGGGAAUGAUGCUGCUGCCGCUGACUGCAGAGAUGUGCUCGCACCAGAGAACGGUAGUGGUGGCGUCGUCUGCGCCAUCGGUGGCGCUGUGCCGUUUGUGCUGAUGGUGCGCGGCAACAAAGGUGGCAAGCAGCAGUUUAAAUCAUUUAUUGCACCAUCAGGCUCACAGCUGGCAAUCAAUCUGAAGCUGCAGGAGCAGAAGACACGCGAGGAGAAUGAAAAGGUCAAGCGACUGACGCUGAAUAUAACCGAGCGCAUCGAGGAGGAGGAUUAUCAGGAGUCUCUGAUGCCGCUGCAGCAGCGAAACUUUACUCAAAGCUAUUAUCAGAAGCCCAACAAGCACAAGUUCAAGCAUCAAAAAGGAGCACCCGAUGCGGAUUUGAUCUUUCACUAAAUGUUUUAAAUCUCCAACGGUGACAAGAAGUUUUCCUGGUUAGCUAGCAGAACGUUAUCAACAGACCACACAGCCCGCCUGUCUGCCCAGACGCUCCAAGAGCAAUCAAUGCCAAUAUAUAAAUAUAUAUCCCAAAUGUAUAUCGAGAGCCACACGAUGCCUUGAACUCUGCAUAGGCAGACGGACGACCACGAAUGCCUCAUCCACGUCUAUGUACCAUUGUUAGCUGCUAUAUAUAUAUUGUUGUGGAACGUACUUAAAUUGGAGUGUCCUAACCAUGCCAGACACCUGUCUAUGGCCAGCCGAGACGUCGUGUUUAUAUGUAUAUAUAUAUAUAUAUACAUAUGUAUAUAUGUACGAAUCAAAAGUGUUAUCGAUUCAUCUAUGAAUAUGUACAUAGAUCUAUAAAGAUUUUAUAAUUUUAGAUUAUAGCAACGCGCAGACUUGUUUAGGAAACAGCAUUUGGUUUUUAAUCAAUAAAA